AUGACGAGUCAUGGAAGAAACUAUCGAGUUUGGUCUGCACUCGAAGAUGUUAAACUGGUUGAAAGUUUGGUAAAUAUGGUAAACACUGGAGUGUAUAAAGCUGACAAUGGCUUCAAAUAUGGAUAUUUACAACACUUAAAACAAACGCUAAAAGAAUCAAUUCCCAAUUCUGGUAUAUUGGGUAAACCUCAUAUUGAGUCAAGGAUAAAGACAAUGAAAGAAGACUGGCAGGUUGUUUAUGACAUGAUGCAUGGUAGUAAUACUAGCGGUUUUGGUUUUGAUAGUGAAAAAUAUUGUGUGAUUGUUGAACCACCAGUCUGGGAGGCCUAUCUACAGGUUCACAAAGAGGCCGAGAAAUGGAAAAACAAGACAUUUCCUCAUUUUGAGGAUUUGUGCAAUGUUUUUGGCAAGAAUAGAGCUAAUGAGAGUAGAGCAAGAGAUGCAAUGGACAUGGAGGAUGCAAGCAUGGAAGACCAUAUCAAUCAAUUCAACAACAACCUUUCUGAUGAUCAAAAUGAUGCCUCUCAUUCACACACAAAUGUGCAAAGUCAAGAAUGCGCAAGUGGUAGCAAGAAAAGGAAAAACAUGAAUGAUUCUUUGCAUGAGAUUCCAAUUCUUUUGACAGAUUCUUUUACUUUAGGAAUCAUUCUGCGAACCAAACGCCCUAGGUUGAGUUUGUCAAUUGAAUCACAGAUUGUCGAGAAAUUAGGAACUGUUGAGCUUGAUGCUGAUAAAGCAAUGGACAUGGCUCACAUAAGUAAGCAGAUAGAACGAAUGCCUAAAUUGCUUGAAACACCAUAA